CACGGCCCAUCCCACUACUUGCCGCAGCUGGAACAACAGGUGGUUUCAGUUUUCGUUCAUCGUUUCAAGUGUCAAUCAAUUUCGCUCUUGUUUAUGUACUAUGCCUGUGAAUCCAAGCCUGGUAUGCAAAUUACUUGACUCGAUGGAGAAUAUCGACAAAAUACCACUUACGCCGGCCGAAGAGAAGCUCAAGUGGGUUACUGACAACGUCACAAAGUCGCAUGAUCUGCGGAAGAAGGUGCCAUCGAGCUUUAUCAACGGCCAAUGGCUCAAUCCAGAGUCGCUGAAAACAGAGCCAUGGAUUCACCAGGAGAAAGCAGUCGUGGAUAAAAUUUACUGGCACAAUUACGAAUCGCUUGGACAGUGGUCAAAUCUCGCUGCGGAUGCGAGAAAGAAUCACCUAAGCAAAGUUGCUCAAGUGAUUAAAAAAAGUUCAGUGGAACUCUCGGAAUUUGAGGUAUAUGCCCACAACGCGCCGGCCGACCUGCUUUCGAAGGAGGUGAUUCCGUUUUUGUCCAGCUACUGGCAGUACUACAGCGGCUGGGCAGCCCUGGAGGACCCGCAGAAUAGACAAUUCUACGCCACUGGAAUGGUGCUUGUGGACGUUCGCAAGUCUCGUUUUCCGCUCCUUGAAGCAAACCUGGCAGCUGCCCCAGCUUUGGCCGCCGGUUGUGUCGUAACAGUCAUUGGACACGCCAGGGUUGAGUCGCUCCUCUUCCUGGCCUCCAUUGCGAGUUUGCCUGCUGGAGUUUUGAACGUGGUCGUGACCGACAGUGAGUCUAAUCCUCCUCAGGACGCGUUUGUCGGUCGCCCGUUGGUGGUUUUCGGACCCAUCCAUUCCAUGGCGGAGCACACGGAAUUCUUCAAUGCUGAGUGCACCUUCUAUUUUUGCGGUCGAUCGAGCAUGAUUGUGUUGGACCAAUCAGACGUGGAAGGCGCCGCUAGGGCGUUGCUGGAGGAGACUGCAAAACGCGCUAAUUUUAGUUUGUGGCCGGUGACAGAAGUUCUCGUCCAGGAACACUUGUUUCAAACGUUUGUUUCGUAUUUUGAAAAGAUCAACCCUGGUAAUCCAGUGUCAGCGAAAAAAUUCCCUGGGUCUGCUUUGGGGAAAAUUAAGAAAUUUGCUAAAGAUGAGGGUGUCAAGUUGAUUGAAUGCGCUGAGGCCCUGUUAUUGGUCAACAGCCGAUAUGAGGAGCUGGGUGUGUCCGAGUCGGUGGACGCUGGGCUCAAUGUGGUCAGCAUCAUGCCAAUCCGCUCGCUGAAUGAAGCUGUGUCCAUUGUGAAUAGCCGUCCAAGGAUUAUCAGCGCUAGCGUUUGGACGCAAGAGGGACCUCUCGCAACUCGAGCUGCUAGUGCUUUGAAGGUUCCCCUUGUGUGGGUUAACCAUCACGGCGUGAUUUCUGACCCAGCCAGUGGUCUUGGAUCGACCCUGUACUCUGGAUUUGGACGAUGGGGUGGUCUUAAUGGCCUGUUGAAUUUCAAGCAGUGGCGGCCGACUGUGUGCGACAAAGGGGCCCACAGGCUGGAGACCAAGUGGUCCGACGUGGCCGAUCCAUCACUGCGCUCCUUGGGCAUGCUGAUCGACGGCAAAGUGGUACAAGCCGUCUCCACCAAGGUGCUCAUCAGCAGGAAUGAAACACCGUUUGCCACUGUCUCAAUUCCAAAUAGCAAAGAGGUUGGCAGUGCAGUCAGUGCCGCUCUGAAAGCGUUCCCUGCAUGGUCAGCCCUAAGCCAACCUGCCCGUGCUGAGGCCGUGCAAAAUUUUGCUGCUGCUUUGUUAAAAUCGGAGGCAGCUUACGCCAAGUUGCUAACUGAUUUCGGAGUUGAAGGAGACAGCAUUGCCGCACGUGAAAUGAAAGCUGCUACCCAAGUGUUGUCCAAAUGGUGCGGCAAAGCUACCAUUGGCCAGGUCCUGGAUAGCAGCAUGAGUGGGAAAUCGUGGACUCGCCAGGUGGCCAUCGGCGUGGUGGGCAUUUGUGGUCCAAUUGACAGCUUAAGCGCCCUCAUCAGCUUGAUCGCCCCUGCCCUGCUGGCUGGUAACUGCGUCAUCGUGGGCGCCAGUCCUCGAGAGGCGCUGGUGGCGUUGCACCUGGCACAGGUCGGGGCGGCCCUACCAGCGGGAGUGCUGAGCGUGGUGGGACCUGAGUCGCAGGCCCACCUGGCGGCGCACCCUGAGCUAGGCGCCUUAUGGGUUGGCUUCAGAGAGGCAACAAGGUUGCUGUCGAAGCAGCCAAAGAAGGUUUGGCGGGUGGACUGGGCGUGUCUUGACGUCUGUCCGGGUGAGUACAUCAUCCACCACUGCACCAACUGCAGAAGUGUUUGCUACGCUGAUUGAGCUGACUUGUUUUGAAACUUAGAGGUUCGGGUAUGGAAAUGUUGGGCAGUCGCAACUCUAAAAUUGUGCCAUAUAUAUUUUAUAUUUAAUAUAGUCAUUUUACUUAAUCCAUCAGGGAUGAAAAAUUAAAGUAUAUUUUUGUUAAAAUAAAAAAAUAAA